AUGGGCUUUGAACCAAGACCCCCGAGGCCAGACAUGGACCUCGAUUUCGACUCUCGACCUUACGAAUUCGGACCUAGGGCUCCUCCAAACUAUAACACACAACGACCAAGGAUGUUUCCUCCCGGACCUUGUCGCUUUCCAAAUGGCGUCGGAAGACCUGCUUACCGUGCUUUUGGUGCUAACUUACCGGGAUUGCAGCCGGAAUUUCAGCGGGCUAGGGGCCCCACGCCCAGUCCACAGGCGAGGUUUGGAUUUCCUCCAAAGCAUUCUUAUCCGAGAUUAUGGUCCCCGCGGCCUGUACUUGGGAGGAUCAACGAGUCCGAAAAGCCGCCUAUUACCGCCUCCCCACCGCCAUCCGUUGCUGCCUCUUCCGGUGGAAAUUUGAUUAGCGGUAUCCAACACUGCAACAAUAUCAAAAGAAGCAGUCGUCAGCUGCUGGACCUCAUGGCGGAAUUUGAGGAUAUGCUAUUGCGCUAA